GUUGGUCACUGUUGUCUGUUUCUUUUCAGAAUCACUGCACAAAGACUUGCUCAUUUGAAUAAAUGUUUGAUGAACUUCAAAUUAGGAAACUUCAGUUACAAGAACCAUCCACUGAAGUUAGGAGAACUGCAAGGGAACCAUUUCACUGUUGUUCUCAGAAACAUAACAGGAACUGAUGACCAGAUUGAACAAGCAAUGCACUCUCUCAGGGAAAUUGGAUUCAUUAAUUACUAUGGAAUGCAAAGAUUUGGAACCACAGCAGUUCCUACUUACCAGAUUGGCAGAGCUAUUCUACAGAACAAUUGGAAUGAAGUCAUGGAUUUGAUAUUAAAACCACGACCAGGAGCUGAAAAGGGAUACUUAGUAAAAUGCAGAGAAGAAUGGGCAAAGACUAAAGAUCCAGCAGCAGCCCUCAAGAAGCUACCUGUAAAAAGGUGCGUGGAAGGACAACUUCUCCGUGGGCUCUUAAAGUAUGGAAUGAAGAACAUAAUCUCUGCAUUUGGCAUAAUACCAAGAAAUAAUCGUUUAAUGUAUAUCCAUAGCUACCAGAGUUAUGUGUGGAACAAUAUGGUGAGCAAGAGAAUAGAAGAGUAUGGGCUUAGAGCUGUCCCAGGAGAUCUCAUACUUAAAGGAGCCACAGCUGUUCAUAUUGAAGAAGGAGAUGUUGAUAACUACUCUAUCCAUGAUGUAGUGAUGCCUUUGCCUGGAUUUGAUGUCAUUUAUCCAAAGCAUAAAAUUGGUGAGGCCUACAAGGAGAUGCUAGUAGCUGACAAUCUUGACAUCAACAACAUGAGGCAUAAGAUCAGAGAUUACUCACUUUCUGGAGCAUACAGAAAGAUCAUCAUUAGACCUCAGAAUGUCAACUGGGAGGUUGUUGCAUAUGAUGAUCCCAAAAUCCCAUUAUUUACUACGGAUUUGGAUAAACUGGAAGGAAAACCAUUACCAGUUCUCCCUACAGAUGGUAAAUUCAGGGCACUGAAGAUGGAGUUCUCCCUUCCCCCAUCCACUUACGCCACCAUGGCGAUUCGAGAAGUUCUGAAAAUGGACACCAGCAUCAAGAACCAGACACAGCUGAAUACGACCUGGUUGCGCUGAACGAGCUGCAAGACUGCUUGAUUUUAACAUUAUAUAUAUAUACAUAUAUAUAUACAAAGUGUUUUCUUAUUUACAUGUUCUGUACAAAUCUUUAAA